GCUCGCUGCUCAGUCGAUUGUUGACGUUCGUCUGCGUAGCGCGAGCUUGGGUCGCAGUUGUCUGGACACGGUUUGGUUUUCAAAUGUGUUUCAAGUAACUAGUACACGACCAGAAGUGCGCUGCGUGAAAAGUGAAGUGAUUUUAACCAGUGGAAUACCGUUGGGAGAAUCUUUUCACCGAGUGUCAAGUGAUAGUUUCAGUGCAUCGAGUCAUGUCUACAGCAGUCAUGACAAACGGAUCAAUCUACGAAUUUAGUGAACUCCUUUUGAAGCAGCAGCAGCAAAACGCGAUGGGCGGCCAAACAGUGCCAUCCGGAGCCGGAAGUCCUACCGGAGCCAAGGGCCUCAGAUGGGAACGAGCCGUCGGUUUGCCUUUGGACGGACACGAACCUCUGUCCCGGCGAGCGUCGCACCCUGUAGGACCUUCCAUGGGAUCACUCAUCACCUCCCUGCUACUGGAAAACAUCAACUCACACCGCCGCCUGGACCGCUCACAGUCUGAUCCCGCAAAGUCCAUCGUCAACGUAAACACCUCCAGGUACAAGACAGAGUUGUGCAGACCGUUCGAGGAGAAUGGCGAAUGCAAGUACGGCGACAAGUGUCAGUUCGCACACGGAGGACACGAAUUGCGCAACCUCGUCAGACACCCCAAGUACAAGACGGAACUCUGCCGCACCUUCCACACUUCAGGCUUCUGUCCCUACGGUCCUAGAUGCCACUUCAUCCACAACGCCGAGGAGGCUCGAGCCAACGCGAUGAAGAAUCGUCCUAGACCUCUGUGCCUCAUCCCUGGUCCAGGUUCCAGCGCCGAGACUCCGUCGCCUCCGUCUAGUCUGGGUAGUGCAUCUCCACCUCCGUCUACCACAUCCAAUACGGCCUUCUCGUUCGCUUCUCUAGUCCACUCCUUGGAAUCCCCUGGAAGUCUGUCCCCCUGUCAGUCCCCCCCUCCACCCCCAGGCUCACCUGACGCCAGACUCCCAGUCUUCAACAGGAUUAGUACCCACAACCCUGGCAUUCUAGCGUUCCAGUUCGGCAGUGAACUUCGUGUAUAAACCGGUCGAUUCCAUUAAGAUUUCUCCUGUAUUCGUAUCUACUUCUUACGGUAUUACGCAGACUGCUUAAUUUAUUCCAGAGUUGAUGUUUUCCGUUAGGAAUAAAGAUUUUGUUUAAUUUAUAGAGCGAUUUGUGAUUUUAAGGAUUAGUUAUAAUCGCCGGUCUUUUACCAAUGUGAUGUGCUCAAUUCCGCGUCGGAACGUCUCAUUCAUUUUAUUCUACAACUAUUUUGUCCGAUACACUUUGAUGUGAUCGACUUUUUAUACAUUUGAUAAUUUUACUCUGGGUUCCUUGUAUAGGCAGGAUCUAUUGGGAUUGACCAUUCCACGUAAAGUAAAGACAAGCAAUAUAAGUGCGAUACCAUGUAUAUCUUUAGGAGUAAGACAAUACCCAGUCCUGCAGUUUUAUUUAUUUGUGUAUUUUUAUAAGUUGUUGUUAUUUUGAUACUCCAUUAUUUAUUUAGGGUUUAAAAGUGUGCUUUGAAUAAACUAACGUUGUCUAACUGUAAAUUUUUUUCACUGGAAUACGGAGACAAAUUGAAAUUGUAUAGAUGUAUUUAGAAAUUGACAAUUUUUAAUAUAUUAGGAACAAGAAUAUUUAUUUUAUGAGACUCUUGUAAUUUUUGGAGGGAGCUUUAUAUUUUUAAAAGUUGGUAAAUUCACUUCUCAUUUGAGAUUUGUAUAAAGAUUUGAUUAUUUCUUUCAUGAGUUAAUUUUGUAUUUCUCAUGUGUUUUAUAAGAUUCGAUUGAGUUUUUUUUAUAAUUUUCAAUACCUGUACUAAUUUGACAAUGAAAAACUUAUCCGUAUUCUAUUUCAUUCCACUUGUAAGUUCAACCAUUUUAGUUCGACUGAUCAUUUAUUGUCAAUUGAUUAGUCGCUCUCAAUGUAUUAUUCAGAUGUUUCUAUAUUUAUUUGCUUAUCAUUAUAUAUUUUGUGUUAGUAGUUCUUUAAACUUUUUUUAUUUGUAUUUAUAUAAUUUAUUACUUUCUAUGGAUAAGCACAUUUGGUGCCUUGGCCAUACUAUUGUGUUUAUAUGUUACAUGUAUUAAAGUGAGUUAUCAUUAUUAUAGCGUUUACAAAAA